UACGGGUUUGGUUUCCGAAGCCCUAAGAUUGAAAUCGAAGAACAAAAACUUGGUUACUCGCCAUCUCCCAAAACUUCCAGCUCUCCCUCCCAAUCAGUAGGAUCAGAUGAUUCAGAUUGCUCGCUAAAAAUUCCUCUUUUAUCCUCCUCUAAUCCACCCUGACCUCAUUGUAGUGCUGUGAUUCAUAUUUAGAUGUCGUUGUUUGUGAUGAAAAUUGAUAUUUCGAAGUUCAAGUAUUUUUAUCAGGUACAUAUUUGAAUGGUUGAUUUCCAAAAGAAAAUAGGAAUAAGCAUUUCUCAAUGGGGAUAGAUCUUGAGCAGCCUUCGGGAGAAUUACACAAGGAAGACAAUAGGCCUAACGUGAAUGUUAGUAUGGUAGAUGGUAGAAAUGAAGGCUAUGACAGAGAUUGUUCAACCACUCCUAAUGUUGCUGGAAAUGAUAAGGAAAAUACAGGACCAAAUGUAAAUGGAAGAAUAUCAGAUAGUAGAAAGAAGGGGCAUGCUGGAGAGGGAAUAAACUCGGAUUCUUUCAAAAUUUUAGAGCCUCAUGAUGCAAUGGAAUUUGAAUCAAAGGAGGAAGCUUUUUCAUUCUAUAAAGACUAUGCGAAGUCCGUGGGAUUUGCUGCUAUAAUAAAGGCCAGCCGUCGAUCCAGGAUAUCUGGAAAAUUUAUUGAUGCAAAGUUUGCAUGUACUAGAUAUGGAAGCAAGCGAGAACGUAAAACAGAUGAAAGUGUGGAACCUGUUGUAAAUGUAGACAGCACAAUAAACGUUCCUGGAAAAAGAAGACGAGGUAGGAUUAAUCUAUCUUGGACAAAAACAGAUUGCAAGGCCUGCAUGCAUGUUAAGAGAAGGCAAGAUGGUAGAUGGAUUAUAUGCAGUAUCAUAAAGGAGCAUAACCAUGAGAUUUUCCCAGACCAAGCCUAUUACUUUCGGGGUCAUAGGAAUUUAGAUCUAGAUUGUAGUAAUGUUGAUGCAUUGCAUGCUAUCCGGGCGAGAACAAAAAAGAUGUAUGUUACAAAGUCGAGAGAAUCUGGUGGCUAUAAGAAAAUUGACAAGCAGAAAGGUGGCGUCACCAAGCAAUUAGAUAGCGGAAAGCAUUUGGCUUUAGAAGAAGGAGAUGCCAAACUUAUGCUCGACCAUUUCAUGAAUAUGCAAGAUGAGAAUCCUAACUUUUUUUAUGCAAUAGAUCUAAAUGAAGAGCAGCGUCUAAGAAAUGUUUUUUGGGUUGAUGCCAAAAGCAGGCUUGAUUAUGGCAGUUUUGGUGAUGUAGUCUUUUUUGACACCACGCAUAUUAAGAAUGAGAAUAAAUUGCCGCUGGCUCCCUUUAUUGGUGUGAAUCAUCAUUUUCAGUUCCUAUUGCUUGGAUCUGCAUUAUUGUCUGAAGAAACUAAAUCAACAUAUGUUUGGUUAAUGCAUGUUUGGCUUAGAUCAAUGGGUGGACAUGCUCCUAGAGUGAUACUGACUGACCAAGACAAAGCUCUGAAAGAAGCUAUUGCAGAGGUCUUUCCUGAUACUCGUCAUUGUUAUUGUUUAUGGCACAUACUUAGCAAAAUCCAUGAGAAGCUCAGUUAUGUAAUUAGGCAACAUGAGAAUUUUAUGUCUAAAUUUAACAAAUGCAUUUUUAAGUCCUGGACUAACGAACAGUUUGAAAGGAGAUGGGAAAAAAUGGUUGAGAGAUUCAAUUUAAGAAAUGACAUAUGGUUCCAGCAACUGUAUGAAGAUCGUCAACAGUGGGUACCUACAUAUAUGAAGGACGUUUUUUUGGCUGGGAUGUCUACAGCCCAACGUUUGGAAAGUAUAAACUUUUUCUUUGACAAAUACAUGCCAAGGAAAACUACAUUGAAGGAGUUCUUAGAACAGUAUAAAGCAAUUAUAAGAGAGAAGUGUGAAGAGGAAGCAAAAGCAGAUUUUGAAACUUGGCAUAAACAGCCAGGGUUGAAAUCUCCCUCGCCUUUUGGUAAACAGUUGGCAACUUUAUACACACAUGCGAUAUUUAAGAAGUUCCAAAAUGAGGUUUUGGGAGUAGUUGCUUGCCAUCCAAGAAAAGAAAGUGAAGAUGGAGCAACCAAAACUUUUAGGGUUCAAGAUUUUGAAGAGAAUCAAGAUUUUAUUGUGGUGUGGAAUGAAAUAACUUCAGAUGUAUCUUGUUUAUGCCACUUGUUUGAAUUCAACGGUUUCCUUUGUAGGCAUAUAAUGAUUGUUCUGCAAAUGUCUGGUGUACACAGAAUUCCAUCUCAGUAUAUAUUGAAACGCUGGACUAAGGAUGCAAAGAAUAGAGAAACAACGGGAGAAGGUUCAGCUAUUGUUGAGUCUAGAGUUCAACGCUACAAUGACCUAUGUCGACGGGCCUUUAAGUUGGGUGAUGAAGGGUCUUUAUCUCAAGAGAGUUACAAUAUUGCAUUGAAUGCACUAGAAGAAGCUUUGAGAAAGUGUGAGUGUGUAAAUAACUCAAUUCAGAGUGAAACAGUACCAAGCCCAAUAUCAACUCAAGGUCCUCAAUGCCUUGGAGAGGUGAACCGAGGUAACAUGACUAGCAAGACAAAUAAAAAAAAUUGUGCGUCUAAAAAACGACAGGUACAUUCAGAGCCACAGGUCAUAUCAAUUGGGGCCCAUGACAGCUGGCAACAAAUGGGACACUCAAAUAUACAAGCACCAGCCCUUGAUUGUUCUUAUGAAUCACAAGAGAGCAUGCAAGGGAUGGAACAAUUCACCUCAAGGGCUGCAGCACUUGAGGGCUAUUUUGGUACUCAGCAAAUCAUGCAAGGAAUGGGACAAUUAAACCCUGUAGGCCCAAGCCGUGAUGACUAUUAUAGCAAUCAACAUAACAUGCAAGGGCUGGGACAACUGAACUCAAUUGCACCUAUCCAUGAUGCCCAUUACCUAACACAACACAGGUUGCAAGGGAUGGGGCAGUUGCAUUUCAGACCACCGACUACUACAACUUGUUUUGACGUGCAGGAUGGUUUGCAAGAUAUGGACCAGUCGAGUGUGGGACCCACACAACUGCAUGGCAUGGCACCAAAACACGUUUAUCCGAAACACUUUUCUCAAUAGUUGCUUGAUCAUUGGCUUUCUGACAAAGGUGGAGACGAAUUAUCUCUUUGUAGAGUAUCGAUCAACUUGGUGGAACAAGCUUUUUUCUUUUCGGCUGGCAUUUGACUUGGGUAGUUAUAAUUCUAGGUCUCUUUUGUAAUUAGAGAUUGACGGUUGUUAACUAUUUCUCUGCAUCAAUACAAUAUAAAGCCUGAGAAAUUCUGAUCUGGA